GUGGCCAGUAUACACACUACCGAGGACAAAGCUCUCUACUUGGAAGGGGAUCCCAAUCCUUCUGCCGCCCCGACAUUCACCUUAGCACCUAGGAAAAUGCCAAAGGUUUCACCCACACUAUACCUCCUCUGGUUCUUCAAUCAUACCGUGAUUUCUGCCAGAAUAUUUACCAAAAGAAAUAAUUUUAAAUCAUUCAUUUCAGUAUCCAAACAACUGGCUUCAAUAAAAGCUCUGAGGAAGUGCUCAGAUCUGGAAAAAGCCAUUGCCACCACUGCUCUGAUUUUCAGAAACUCUUCUGACUCUGAUAGUAAACUUGAAAAAGCUACUGCCAAAAAUUUGCUGCAAACCCAAUUUAGGAAUUUCACAGAGGGACAAGAAACCAACCCAAAAUACAGAGACAUCCUUUCUGAACUUGAUGAGCACACAGAAAAUAAGCUAGAUUUUCAAGACUUCAUGAUCUUUCUCUUAAGCAUUACUCUCAUGUCAGAUCUGUUACAAAAUAUAUGGAGUAUAAAAAUUAUGAAAUAA